AUGGAAAGUGGCUAUAAAAGUUUGCCAAGAGAGAUUUUGGACCUUAUUUUUACAUUUUUGCGAUUGGACUCUAACCUAAAAUGCCUUUUUCAAUGUGAACUUGUGUGCAGAAACUGGAGGUUACCAGCUCAACGAUCUUUGUACUUUUCCAUUGAACUUCAAAGCUUGAAGCAGAUAAAACUUUUGGUUUGUUCUAUGACCGAUAAAUCAAGUUCAUGCCCUGGAAAGUUUACCCGACAACUUGUAUGCAGUGGGUUUGACAAAAAUGGGGAAGAAAAUAAGUACAUCGGUUUGUUUUUUGAUAUUUUCCCUCAUGUACGCCAUGUUUGUUUUGAUGAUCCAGAAUUUGACUUCCAUUCAACUUUGAUCAAUACGCCUAAUUCGGAAAAAUGGAACUAUUUGGAAAACAUAGGACCUUGUCCUAUCGAUUUUUUAUCCAAUUAUAAUGCAUGUGCUUUAUUCUACCAAAAAACCCUCAAAGAUCUUAUUGUAAUAGACACAGACACCGAAAGUAUUAAUAGUGGAUUAUACAACAAGUUAAGUCUAUUUACCAGCGUGGAAUCGCUAGAUAUCAAAUCCAACAAUUAUACGUUUUCUGAAGCAGUAGAGUAUAUCACCAAAAGCAUUCCAGGACUGACAUCUUUGUGUUACGGAUAUUUAACUGCGACAAAUGUUGAUAAUUUAAGGGCUUAUCAGCCUGUUGAAGUAUCCACAAUUACACCGCUUCCCAGUCUUCAAGUUCUUACGGUUAACGCCAUGUCUUUUGAGAGUGACAGUUUCUUAAUAUACUUGAUGACAAAGUUUCCAAGUCUUGAAAUAUUUAAAAUCAAUUCUGGAAUGGAAUUUGUCUCUCAUAACCAUCAGUUUUUGAAAAAACUUAAGUUGGCACGAAACAACUUUUCUAUGAAAGUACUAUCUCAAUUCAUGGCUUUUAUUUCAGACUGCCCUGUCCAUGUGGUGGAGUGUUUUUAUACGACUCUUGAUGCUGCAGAGCUUCUGAACAACUAUUUUAAAUUAUGUAAUCCCGAAAAUCAAAAAACAAUCGGACUUACUUAUUCAGGAAUUGAAGAUUGGGAACAACAUGAAGUAGAAACAAAUAGCUAUAAUCCCCAGGUGUCAAUUGGUAUGAAUAGCGAUCCUGAAUUAAAUUUUAAUCUCUUGAGGUUUAAUUAUGACUCAGAAGGUGCUGAAUUGCCGCACAUGAAGGUUGUUGAAAAAGCUGGAAGGGAGAUAGAGAAUCUUUUGCUUUGUAUGAAUCGUCAAAAAUAUAUAAGUAUCCUCGUAAAUCGAAAUCCGCAAAUGAUAGCUAUAGCCAACGGGGGUUUCUUUAAUCAUAUUAUUACAAAUUGUACCAGUCUUAAAUCACUCAGCAUACGCGCUGCGUGUAUUGUUUCAUUUGAUCCCAAUCAGUUUUCGGUUACUAAUACAUUUAUUUCUGAAUUAAUCCUGGAAGAGGUAGUUAUUUCUGAGGAUACAUUAUUGCAUAUAUCACGUAUGCUACCCUCCUUAAAAAAACUAGACAUGAAGGGUGUGUAUCUCAAUGAUAAUAAUGAAAAGGACACAGCCUCCAAAUUUAACCGUACUAUUGAUAUGCCAUCAACAUCUUUUGAGUCUUUAUUUGUUCAAAACUAUUUAUUAGAAGAUGUCUGUUCUUCCGACUACCCAAACAAGAUACUCAUCAAAAUUUCAACAACUGAUAAUACAGAAUACUACAAAUUUGUGCCAAACGAAAAUGUUAUGUUUGCGGAUAAUGGCUUAAACGGACAAUACGAUUACAACCCAAAACCAAAAGAUGCGACUUUCUAUUUAUCGACUCAAGUAAACGAAAAAGAUUAUAAUAUUGAAUUGGGUGAUGCUAGUUAUUUUAAUCUUCAUGUUAUUUGCAAGUCGUUCACUUUGCUAAAAGUGCAUCUGGAAAAAGUCAGUUCUAUUCUAGCUUGUUUGGUCCCUGGACAACCCGCUACGUGUAAAACUAAUACAGUCGUGGCCAUUUAA